AUGGCCAAUGGCCCGAGACCGAUAAGGAACUAUGGAAAUAUUUGGACUCAAGAAAACAAUCCCCUGAAUCGCCAGGGCAAAGACGAGAAUCGAAACAAUGGCCAGUACCGGAGCGGUCAGACCAGCGGGCAGUAUCGCAACGCGCAGUACCACAACAGUCAGAGCAGUGGUCAGUGCAAUGGUCAGAACAACGGGCAGUACCGCAACGUGCAGUACCAUAACAGUCAGUACCGCAAGAUUCAGUACCACAACGGUCAGAGCAACGAUGACCAGUACUGCAACGGCCAGAACAACGGUCAGUACCGCAAUAUGCAUCACCAAAACGGUCAGAAAAACGGCCAGAACAAUCGUGGGCAACGUUAUGUCCAGGGAAAUUGUCCGCCCAACAAGCCGAUGACUGGGAGAGUGAACAGGAAUGUGCAGAAGAUUGUGAACCGCCCUUUACGGCCUUCUGGCAGACGUGUUGAAGAAUUGAAACGUCUCAAUUGGGUUUUUGACGCAGAUGGGGAUGUGAGAAUGGCCGAGGCCCCUUCUCUCGAGGAAUGUUAUCUGGUUGACUUGGAUUCGUACCUGUGA